AUGUCUCUCUUUUGUUGUGAUAUCUCUGUGUGUUUGUCUUGAUCCUUUUUAUCUCUGUCAUCAUCAAUUUCUGUCUAGGUCAGUGCCUUUGGAUAGGCUACUGACCUUCUCUCCCCCUUACACUCCCCUUCUUUGAAAUGAGAACAAGUCCCUCAAUUUAUAGUUUUGUGCACAUUGGCCCUGAGAGUGCCUUGGUCUCAGUCAUUCUCAUCCUCCUCUAUGUGGUCACUGUGCCUGAAGUUUGUGGUAAGCCCUGGUGGUCAGAGGAAGUGCCCAUGACCCGCCAUUGGCCCUGGGAGGUGAGCCUACAGAUGGAGAGUGAGCACGUGUGUGGAGGGGCCCUCAUUGACUCCAGCUGGGUGGUGACUGCUGCCCAUUGCAUCCAAGGCACCAAGGAGUAUUCGGUAAUGCUUGGCACCUCCAAGCUGCAGCCUAUGAACUUCACGAGGGCCCUCUGGAUCCCCGUGGAGGAUAUCAUUAUGCACCCCAAGUACUGGGGCCAGACUUUCAUCAUAGGUGAUGUUGCCCUUCUCCAUCUUCACACGGCUGUCACCUUCAGCAACUAUGUGCAGCCCAUCUGUCUCCCUGAACCCAACUUCAACCUGAAGGUUGGGACGCCAUGCUGGGUGACUGGUUGGAGCCAGGUUAAACAGCACUUUUCAACCAACUCCCCGCUGACCUCGGAGCUGCAGGAGGCAGAGGUGUUUAUCAUGGACAAUAAGAGGUGUGACCGGAUUUACCACAGGAAGUCUAUCUUCCCCCGAAUUUUCCCCCUUGUCCUGGGAAACAUGAUCUGUGCCACCAACUAUGGAGAAAACUUGUGCAAUGGAGAUCCUGGGGGGCCACUGGCUUGCGAAGUUGAGGGCAGAUGGAUUCUGGCUGGGGUGUUAUCCUGGGAAAAGGCCUGCGCAAGAGCUCAGAAUCCAGGCGUGUAUACCCGUGUCACCAAAUACACCAAAUGGAUCAAGAAGCAAAUGAACAGUGGAUCUCUCACAGGUCUCUGCCCUAUCACCUGGCUCCUAUUCCUGUGCUGGCUACUGCACUCCCAGAUGGGCCCCUGACGUCCCCACCCCUUUCUCUUCCUGCUUUCCCUUUGGCGAAUGGGGCCAGAUGGCAUGAAGGCUACGCUGAACAGUGUGAUGAGAAUAUUGCAGAUUGUAUGUGAAACCAGCACAUUGUACCCGUUGAUAGCACUAAUGUACACAGCUAUGAUUUAACAACAACAAAAUAAUAAAUUUAAAAAAAUAAAAAAAAUGA